UAUAUUCAUGUUUGGCCUUUAAGUUGAUUCAGUCCAGCGUGGUUGGUAGCUCGGUGCUCUCUUCACAAACCAAACGUGCGCAUUAAUUAAACGACAUGAGACGUCUACAAUUAUUACUCGUCCUGUAUUUAUGCGUUGGCACGUUUGGCAAAGCGAGGAUAAGUAAUGGUCUCAUUGUACCAUCGGGCAUGGCCCCGUGGCACGCGGGGCUAUACACGAAGACCUCGACUCCGUACAAGCAGAUAUGCGGCGGCACCGUCAUCGCCAAGAACGUCGUCGUGACAGCCGCACAUUGUAUCACUCAGGACCCUAAUGACAAUAUGCCCGCUGCGUCGCAAUUCGCAGUAGCGGCUGGCAAAAUAUAUCGCCCGUGGAACGAUAUUCACGACGUUGGAGCUCAAAAAUCAAACGUAAGUGAAAUAAAGAUUCCACCACGUUACCAAGGUGCCUUGGCCAACUUCCAAGACGACAUCGCCCUUCUGAUACUCGUUAAUGAGUUUAGAUACAAUGAGUACGUGCAGGCGGCCUGUAUAAAUUUUUCUGCUGAUUUCGACGAAGAGCAACUCGAGGAAGGAAAGUCUGGAAAGGUGGUGGGCUGGGGUCUGACGGACGAGAACUCUCCGAGGUCUCAAGUGCUUCAAGCGGCCACAUUGCCGUGCGUCAAUAUCAACAAGUGCAUAGCACAGAGCCCUUUGAGCUUCAAGAGCUCCAUCACCGGCGACAAGAUCUGCGCCGGGUAUACCAACGGCACUGCGGUGUGUCGCGGCGACAGCGGCGGGGGGCUCGUCUUCUCCUCCAAGGUUGACGGCUUCGUGCGAUUCUUCCUUCGAGGCAUCGCCUCCACGUCUCCCGUCACAGAGAACAUGUGUAACAUCUACACCUGGGCUACCUUCACCCACCUGCUCCGACACGAGCACUUCGUGAAGGCCUACGUACCCGACGUGGAAGAGUUUUGCGCACCACGAUUUAAUGACGCAUUCCAGUUCCGUCUUACCGGCUCAGAUCGGCGUCCAAAGAACAAUAUAUGUCCUUGUACAUGCCCAGAGACAGAGUAAUUUGUCGUGGUGUCUCUAUAACUGAUUCAUCUUAUUAAAGGCUAACGUUUUGUUGGAUUA